AUGACAAGCCCAUGGGCAAGUGAGGCCAUGGGUAUGCCAGUUGCACCCUUCAGUCUGGGGUAUGUGAAGGGCAUGCUUCGUGCUUCCACCGCCUUGGCAUUGCUGCAUAUGUUCUGGCACCAUGGUCAGGCAGAUGCCUUGCUGCAAACCUUCCGGGCUUUGAAAGAGUCAUGUUCCACUGUGUAUGUGUUCCAUAUUCAGCUGCCCAGUGUGGAAAGCGAGGUCUUUCAGAACUUCUUGCUGAGCAUCCGUGAUAGCAUCAGCAAACCUCCCAACUUCAUUACAUGGCUUCAUACCCUGCGGCAGCUCAAGCAAAAAGGGUAUGAGGACAGCGCAGCCGUGAUUUCUCGAUUCAACGCCCUUGUUCCCAAGAGCGCAUGGCUGGUGGGUGCAAAGGCCAAUGCCCUGGGGAAUGUCAUGGCGCUGUUUCCCAGUUCGCUGAUCCAAGAUCUGGAAACUCAUGUGAGCAAGUGGGGUUGGGAAGGAAGUGCUUUGUCAGACGACUGCCUGUCCACCAAAAAAGUCUUGCCAACACACAUGCACAAAGCGCCACACAAGUCAUGGAAGCAGUUGUGCAGUAUGAGUGAGACGGCCACUGCCCUCACCUUCAAGCGCAUCAUCCGCGAUCAUGAGAAGCCUGGCGCUUGUCGCAAGAAGGUGGACAAACAAAAAGUAGAAUCCUUGGCUGAAACGGCGGCUUUGCUGGUCAACUUGUCGACCCAAAUGAUGGAGCAGUUCCCCGUCAAAAUGCAGGAUGUGGAGACCCACAUCUUUGAAGCAUGGCUGGAUGGAAGUCAUGGGUGGGACUUGGAGCUGCAUGAAGUGCAGACAGAAAAGCGGGAGAAACUUGCAGUGACUGAUGUCGAGAUGUUUCGCGAUGUCAUUGACAUGCUCAAGUGCCAGCGUCCUGUGGCUUCUACAAGAAGUUCGGAAAUACUUCUCAUCCGCUUGGAUGAAGACAAGUGGACGUUGAUUCUGAAGCAGCUGGAGUAUGACUUCCAAGCGUUUCGCGUCUACCUCUCCAAGAUGCAGUCUUUUGAGGUGGCAGUGCACCAUGCGAAGCUCGAGUGGAACAAGAGGCGUCGUGAAGAAGCUGCGCAAUGGUCUACGCAGUGGAUGUCCCAGAAGUGCCACAUCUUUGCCUAUGAUCCACAGAGCACUGGGCAAUUGAAUCGUCUGCUUGCUGAGCAUUGCCUGGCUUUGCUGAAAAACAACAGUCUGGAGAAGACAGCCGUUGCCACACUGAGCUACUUGAACUGGUCUGCUCCAGCGUCAAGGUCACAGAGUUCACAGGAUGCUGAAGCCACUUGUUUUUGCCAGCUGGUGGCAGAGCAGCCGCAAAACCUUGGGCUGCUGCUUUCCCCCGUCUUCCACUACAAGGUUCACCAACGCCACGCGCUGGAACACUUCUUGUUGAAGACAUUGUCUGGCAGAGGAGUGGAUGUGGACAGUCAAGCAGUGCUCAUGUACAAAGAGCGCAAAGACGCUCGGGACACGAGGCCUUUGCUGUAUCCUUUGCGAAUUGUGAGACCUUAUGUGGACAUGGGGCCCACUGAGUUCACACAGGAUGAGACAGAGACAGGUCCUGGCAAGCGCAAGGCACGUGUGCAUCCAGUGGUGCACUUCUGGCAAGGCGCGCGUUUGCUGAGCACUGGCCGCACCGAGGAAGCAGAGCAGGUUCCAAACACCCAGCUGAAGUUUGUGGAGGAUCUGUCGGACACCGCGCUUCCAUUGACGACCGAUGACUAUGCCAGUGUUCGUGGAGGGAAGCGUUUCGAGCAGAUUGGUGCUUCUGCAGCCUUGAAGCUGUUGGAGUCUUUGGUGGACAAAGACCUCCCCAAUGGCACGCAUGCGGUGGUGUUGGUGGACCUCGCUUUGGGCGUCGGAGACAUGUUCUGGGCAUGGCUGGAAAGGUGCAAGGCUUUGAGGUUUCCACUGCUUUUUCUGGGAGCCACGUCUGACCCCAUGACCUUGGAAUGGUUUCAGCACCAUUGCCUGGAGGAAUUGUCAGAGAAACUUCUGUCUGAAGACCUCAAGCUGCCAGGGUUCACUCCGAAGAGCACCGAGCCCCCAGCAGAUGUGCUUCUGUCAGCGCCGCCCGUGCCACAGCUGAAUCUGUGCACUGUGCGCCCUGGCCCUACCAUAGCCAUUCCUGAGAAAGUGAUCGCAGAAUGGUCGACAAACCCAAACCAUGGCAUUGAGUUUCAGAACCUGCUGAAAGAGAUGGUGGAGGAGUUUGGUGAGCCCAAGCCAGCAAACCAAACCAAAGCCACAGGGGAUGGUCAGCAGGAACCUUCUCCCAAGAAGCGACGCUUGACAGAACCUUUAGAGACUGUGCCUGUGGAGAAAAUGCCAGACACUAAACUGGUUGAAGCUGCUGUCAACGGCUUGAAGAAAGACCUGGCUGGUAAGAUCACGCUUCGGAUUGAUGGCAGUCAGGGCUGGUGGCUGGUGAAUGUGUCACAGACUUCUUGUACCAUUGCGGCAGGCACGGUUGUAGCAGGCUUCGGCACUGGCAACUUCCACCACCAGCCACGCAAGGGCCAAGAGGUAGCGGAGGUGGACAAUGAGAAGCUGUUGCUGUGCGACAUGUCGGUGGCAGAAUCCAUCUUGAUGAACGGCAAGCUGGAGAACCUGUCCGAGGUUCUUCAUGCCAAGGAGCUGCAGAAAGGAAAGGCGGAGAUUUGUUACCAUGCAGUCACACAGAAGGCCGGUGACAUGAAAGCCUUCGACAUUGUGCGCCAGGUGGAGGUCUAUUUCAAACCGAAUCCCAAAGUCCAAGGUCAAGUGGAAGAUGGAGGCGAGAUCAAAUUGAACAAGGGCACUGGCUCUUUUGCAGCUCUGGUGCCCUUCUCUUCCUUCCAGGCCUUCAAACACGCGGCUGUGAUUUGGUCCAUGCGGUGGUCCCCAAAAGGCUUGAUGCCAAUCAAGCCUCAGAUCUGCUUGCGUGGUGACUUGGUCUUGGAUGGCCAAACGGCGGUGAAGCUUUGA